CAUACACGCGCCAAGGAAUGUUUCCUGUCGUUGUGUGGCUAACGUUAUCCUUUUCACACGGUUAACGGUAUUUCCUGUUCAGGUAAACGCUGCCGUUAACGGACAGACUAUUUUGCGGUUUCUGAAAAAAACGGAUACCCUAUGCAGCAGUUGGAAGCGAGUGUUAGCUGACAAGCGUUAGCAAGCUAAUAGCAGCUCCGUCCGACAUUGUGAAAUAUCUGUCGGAGGAAACAACAGUCGAUUGAUAUUCAGGUUCCGUUAGUUUCUAUCGGGUGAUGGUAGUCGGUUAACCUGCAAGGAUAACUUAAUGGGACACGACUUUUCGGAGGCUGAAACACCUGCCAUCUCCCCUUCUCACCGAGCAAGCAAACUAGCUAAGAAAGGUUAAGACAAUCGGAGGCAACAUUCAAGUGCCUCCACUGAACAGUUUCCCUUCCCAGAGCGUGACUCGUCUGCACGGCGUCACCAAUGCGACCAUGGGAAAUAGCAGUAAAUAGGCUGCCACCAACAGCCCCCUUAAACCCAAGGAGGUUCCUUGGAGAGCCCUGCAACUCCCCAGUGCAUCUCAGGAGAAGCCCACCAUUGAGACGCCAGUGGGGGAGACGAGACAGACCUGUACUGCACACUUCUCUGGUCCAGGAUGAGAACUUCCAUCAUCUGCUUUUCUCCCAACAUCACCAACAGGUUCCUUUAGAUGAGUCCAGACAAUACAGCCACACCAGCACACCUCCACGCAUGCUUCACCCUGCUGCCCACCUGCCCCAGCAGAGCCCCAUCAUGGUGGAUCUACAUGACCAGAUGCACCAGGGAUCCGUUCCAAUUUCAUACACUGUUACGACGGUGACGACCCAUGGAUUUCCCAUCCACACCGGGCAGCCCCUUCCAGGGUGCAACACUCAGCAGCUCCCAGCAUGCUCGGUAAUGUUCAGCGGACAGCUCUCUCUGCUCUGCUGCCUUCCUCCUCCUCUCAUACAGGCAUGUACCAUGCAGCACAUGCCAGUGUCUUAUCAAGCCUUUCCACCCCUGAUCUCCAGCGAACAUUUUGUAUUGCACCCGACCCCAUCUGUACCCCCCCACCAGCCGCCGCACCUUACACCUUUGAGCCAGUUUGUCCCUUUACAGCCUCAGCACCCACGCAUGCCUCUACAGAGGGUAGACAAUGAAGUUGACCUAAGAGGGGACCAGCACCCAUUAAGGACCUUCUCCUACCCUCCCUCUCACCACCCACCAGCACUGCCUCCUUCUCUGCCGCUACAGUAUCUUCCUCAAGAGCCUCUGCAUCAGGAGCUUCCCUUUGGAGUGCCAUACCCCCACAUGCUGCCCCGGCGAGUGAGUGGACAGAGAUACCGGUUGCAGCAACCUCUCCCCCCUCCUCCCCCUCCAUCUUACUACCCAGGCUUCCUCCCAUAUUUCCUGUCGAUGCUUCCUGUGCCUCCUACAGCAGUGGGCCCGGCCAUCAGUCUAGACCUGGAUGUGGAUGAUGUGGAGAUGGAAAACUAUGAGGCAUUACUGAAUCUGGCAGAGAGGUUGGGUGAAGCGAAGCCACGUGGACUCACUAAAGCCGAUAUAGAGCAACUUCCGUCCUACAGAUUCAACUCAGAGAAUCAUCUAUCUGAACAAACGCUGUGUGUUGUGUGCUUUAGUGACUUUGAGUGCAGGCAGCUACUUCGGGUAUUACCUUGUAACCACGAAUUCCAUGCAAAGUGUGUGGAUAAAUGGUUAAAGACCAAUCGCACUUGUCCCAUCUGUCGAGCCGAUGCGUCGGACGUACACCGGGAGGUGGAGUGAGAACUGUCUCUGAGUGCUGAACUGGAAAGCUGCACACACCAGAGUCUGUCCCAAAACUGGGGACAUCUGCCACCUAACCUGCGUCCUCCAGUAAAUAUUGCUUACCAACCCACCACUCCUGCCCCUUCCUAAAUAAUAAGCAAUCCAGGAUUUUUUUCCUGGAGCCUGUUGUACCUCUGCUGUGCUUCAUUGUCCAAGUCUCAUGAAACCCACUGCCUAUCGCAGCCUAUAGCCAGAGUUCUGGGAUCGCCAGCCAGUUCUUUCUCUGCCCCCUCGUUGCAGAUUCCAAAGAUUUCCCCUACAAUGCAUUAUUUGCUGCUUUUGUUUACAGGGUUUCAUUUUUAUUUAGUGGAUUUGGUUGUGGUGUUCAUGAAAAGUUGGAGUCCUGCAUUGGAAGAGGUGAGUCGGGAGCCCGGAGGAUGAUAGGCUGGACACCUUGUGCAAUUAGCAGAAAAAUAAUAGGAAUACUUCAACAUGGGUAUCUGUGUUUGGAGGCGACGCCUGACCAUCAUAGAUGCAUGUUUGUGUAGGUGUUGGGCAAAGUGACUUGUUAAUAAUGUAUGUUCUGCAAUAAUGUAUUGAUAAUUUCAACAGUUUUACCCCUUAUUUGUUUUAGAUUUGCCAAUUCUAAUAGGAAAGUGUGACUUGCUGUGGUUAAAUGCAGAUUCUGUUAAGCCUCAUGUUAUGGACUUCAAGUGAUGGGACAUGCAACUGUGGGGUUUCUUCUACCCCAGAUUAUCCACUCUGGAACACAGAUCUGUACAAAAGCAGUCAAGGAUUAAUGGACUGCGUCUUUUUGAGGUCAUCUGGCAUAACUGCACAAGUGCUACAUCCACCCUCCACGUCAGCAUUGUUCCUCUGGCAAGUGUGUAUGCGUGUGUACAUAUUGUGUGUGAGUGUGUGUGAGUUUGUGAGUUUGUGAGUGUGUGUGUGUGUGUGUGUGUGUGUGUGUGUGUGUGUGUGUGUGUGUGUGUGUGUGUGUUUGUCCUGUUCACAGAGCCAAUGCAUUGUGUAACCACUGGAUACAGGGCAGCAUGCUAGGAUUUGCAUGAACUGUUGAUUCAGACUAGCAAUAUUUUAAUCAAGCAUUGCCACCAAAAUUGUCGAAUUUUAAGAAAAAGAAGAGACAAAGAAGCAUACUAAAAGAACUGCUUGCUUAUUCAGAAAGCGCCAUGAGGGAAGACUAGCAUGUGGUUCCACCCUGACUGCGUUUAAGGAUGGGAGUCCUCGUCUGAAGGCUGUGCUGAUGCCAUAAAGCUCUGGAGGCCUGUGCAGAAAGCAAUAUGUGCAGGGUUCUUGCCUGAACACCAGACUACCCACCCGCCAACAGAGCCAGGGGCAUGUGUUCUGUGUUAGGCAGAUAUUUUGCUUUGGUACUUGCACAUUUACAGUUACCUCAUUUUUUCCAUGUUUGUAUUGGGGGUGGGGGGGACAACUAAUAUAUAUUAUAUAUAGGAAAUGGUUCUUAUUAAUGUUAUAAUUUUUCAUUCCAUUGGAAUCAUAUUGUUUGUAGCAUUUAACAUAACUAGUUAGUGUAUUAUAUAUACAUCUGUAUACUGUUUGAAAUUUUUAAGAUUUGUACUUUUUUUAAAUGAAAGUUGCUAGUUAUGCUUUACCAAGUAGUGCAAUCAUAUUUUUUUUUAAUUGUUGUGGCUGAUUUGAAAGGGUUGUUCACUAAUAAAUGUAUGAUGUAUACCAAUA